AUGUAUCGUGGCAGAGAAGCACCUAUGGACUGGGAACGACCUCGAGACUCUCAUGGAAAUAUUCAAUGGCUCUCAGCUCAACCAUCAACUACACAAUCGCCGACAUCAGGUCCGUCUUCACCAUCAGCAACAGAUGCACGCAGUAACAGCAACAGACAAGGAGGAGGAGUGAAUGUAGCCUCACUUUCGUUGUUUGAUCGGCCAGUGGCGAGUACUAAUAGUGCUGGAACUCCACCCGUCUAUGCAUUCGGAGCUAGUAAUAGUAAUAGACCGUUGGCUGCUGAUACCGUCGCAACAACGCCAGAAAUACCAACUGCGGUUGUGAACGAAUCACGACGAAAAAAGGCUCUCACUACUCGUAGACGAAAUGCAAAUAAUAUGAGGAGUAGCUAUGGAUCUGACGAUGAGGGGGAAGGUUGGGAGGAGGGCGAUGACGACAAUUUGUCGUUGCCAAGAGGACGAAAGCGCCUAAGGUCUUCAGAUCAUCCUAAAAUCGAAUCGACGGGAUACGAUACAUCGCAGCACCAAGGAAAUGGGAUGGCAGGUUGGUGGAGUCGAGCGUAUGGGCAUGUGCUGUUGCCGCAUAUUCUUACUGGAUGGGCCUAUCUAUUCUUCUGCUGUUGCAUAAUGGGAAUCAUGUUAUGGCUAGUUGCCAAAGUUAUAUUCAUGGUAAAACACGACUUGCAGUUGAAAAGUGUGGAGCAUGCUACAGGCAAGUUUGUGUUGUGUAUCCGAAACCUGAACCAAAACAAUGGGAAUAAUUUCAGGUAUCAGACUAAUAAUUGUGGAUCCGGUCCAGUACCAUACAUGGCUCAAGUAUGUACAGAGUGGGAGGUUUGCAUGAGGAGAGAUCCCAAUGACGUUCGUCAGUUACACGUGGGAGCAGAAACCAUGGCUCACUUCCUAAACCACUUUAUGGAGCCUCUAUCAUACAAGACCAUGAUUUUUGGAACUGGUUCCUUACUAGCAAUAGUAAUAACCUUGUUCAUACUCAGCAUGAUACGAACACGAUUUGCAGACUCAUCGCACAACAGUGCGCAUCAACCGAUACCACCGCAACCAGUAUACUCACCAAUGUAUAACGCAUCUCGUAUACCACAACCUGUGUUUGCUCCUACAUAUCAGUUCCAACCACAUCUGCAUCCUUCGUCACCUGACUUCCAUCCUGGUCCGUAUAUGACGUAUCCGUCUCAUCGAGCAAGCAGCAUGAUAUCUCCUGGUGGACGAGAAUCACCAAUGGCUUUAGAGUAUAGUAAUAAUAGGGUGGGUGGGAUGGUUGGAGCUGCUGAUUCUCCGAGAGUAGCGUUUAGACGGCGUGGUGGAAGGCAUGAAGAUGGGGAUAGUGACUGA